AUGUCUUCGCAAUAUCAGUCAGUACACCUUAAAGCUCGCCCUACGAGCGAAAUUGUUGCAGGAGAGACGUUUGAGGUCAGAUCCAAUGCUGCACCCAAGGAGUCUGAUCUCAAGGAUGGUCAAGUCAUCUUCCGUUCUCAGUACCUCAGUCUUGAUCCUGCCAUGAGAGGAUGGCUGAAUGAUACACGCUCAUACGUUCCUCCCGUUCAAAUCGGUGAAGUCAUGCGCGGCGUCGCCAUCGGCACCGUCGAAGCCUCAAAAUCCAAAAAGUUCCCUGUCGGCACCCUCGCUACUGGACUUGUCGGCUGGACCGAGCUCGCAGUGGUUGACGAAAAGGCUCUGGAACGUAUUGAUCUCCCUUCCAACGGUCGCACCACCGAUGCCCUUGGUGUCCUCGGUAUGACCGGCUUGACUGCCUACUUUGGUAUCAUCGAAGUCGGUCAAGUCAAGAAGGGGGACUUUGUCGUUGUUUCUGGCGCAGCCGGCGCAACAGGAAGUGUCGUUGCUCAAAUCGCCAAGCUCAAGGGCGCAAAGGUGCUUGGUCUGGCCGGCUCAGACGACAAAGUAUCAUGGUUGAAGAACGACCUCGGUCUGGACGAAGCACUCAACUACAAAGACGCAGACUUCACCACCAAAUUCCGCAACGCAACCAAGGGAUUGAUCGACGUCUUCUUCGACAACGUUGGUGGUGAUAUUCUCGACCUCGCUCUCUCGCGCGCAAAGCCCUUCUCUCGCUUUGUCAUCUGUGGCGCUAUCAGCGACUACAACAACGCCUCUCCCCGUGGUCUCAAGAACUACAUGAUGAUUAUUUCCAUGCGUAUCCGUAUGCAAGGUUUCAUUGUGUUUGACUAUGCAGACAAGUACGCCGCUGCCAGACAAGAAUUGGCACAGUGGCUCAACGAGGGCAAAUUGCAGAGAAAAGAAACUAUCAUUGAAGGUGGAUUGAGCAAGGCCGAGCAAGGAUUGAGAGAUCUGUACAAAGGUGUCAAUACUGGAAAGCUGCUUGUUGAGGUUAGCAAGCAGAAGGAUGGUAAGGCUAGACUUUAG